ACCAAGGACAGAAGGACGAUUUCUAGGUCUGCUGUAAUGGACGUUUCAAUGUCUAUGUAGAACAGUUAGGAACUUAAAGAAAAAAAAAAUUCAUCCAACAGCUUGGCCCAGAAUUGGCCUUGCUUCAUUCAAUUUAUCCAUUUUAGAAGAUGAAAGGCUACGUUGUCUGCCAGGAUUUAGCGUCCAGUCCCGGGGAACCAUUGUGCUUCUAAUCUGAUGUUUGGGCCAUGACGCCAACCCCUCUGCCUGCCGGUCAAGGUCUUCUGAGCUAUGAUAAUUUUUUUGGAGCGGCAGAAAUGAUUGGUCCUAGCUACAGAUGGGAAUUUGGAGUCACUCUGAAAUACAUCCUGGAAUAAUUAAUUGUGUUUGACUGGAACCAAAUCUUAGGAAGUCUCCAAGAUGGGAGUCUGUGCUAAGUCAGUGUUGCUGUCGCACUGGCUCUUCCUAGCCUACGCGUUAAUGGUGUGCUGUAAGCUGAUGUCCGCCUCAAGCCAGCACCUCCGGGGACAUACAGGCCACCACCAAAUCAAGCAAGGGACCUGUGAGGUGGUCGCUGUGCACAGGUGCUGCAAUAAGAACCGCAUAGAAGAGCGGUCUCAAACGGUCAAGUGCUCUUGCUUCCCAGGACAGGUGGCAGGCACAACUCGAGCUCAGCCUUCUUGUGUUGAAGCUUCCAUCGUGAUUCAGAAAUGGUGGUGUCACAUGAAUCCCUGUUUGGAAGGAGAGGAUUGUAAAGUGCUGCCAGAUUACUCAGGUUGGUCCUGUAGCAGUGGCAAUAAAGUCAAAACUACAAAGGUAACGCGGUAGCGAAGAGAGAGGUGUGCUUCAUUCCUGGAGGGGCAGCAGGAUGCAGAGCUCUUUUGCUGAAAUUCCCAUCCUGGCCACUUUGCAGAAAAUUAUCUUGGAUUUCAGCAACAUCGUAUUUGCAUAUGUGUGCUGUGAGAAGUGGCAUUCACUUAACUGGCCCAGCUGUCUCUGCUUUGUGAUUUUAUUUCAUUGACUAUAACUGCAAGCCACUAUACAUUUGACAUCCUAUCUGGAUUCCCAACGAGCAUACCUCCAAAAUCCUAGAAGAGCAAAUCAGAGUUUUCAAAAUGCGUCACGACUACGAACACCUUCGGUCUUUACUUUCUUUCUACCUUUACAAAAACUUGGAUGUAUGUUUCAAAGGAUCCUGUUUCUGUUCUUCUUUUCACUUUUCCUUUUGCUUUUGUAUUAAGUGGUUUUAAAGGGGUCUAAAUAAAAGAUUUUUAGCAAAUAUAUUUGCAGAUGUAGAUUAACUGGUGAAGAAAAUUACUGGUAGAGAUCCACUGAUUAACUGGUAGAGAACAUUUAUUUUAUAAACCCUUGACAAUAGAAGGAUAUAGUUGGAAUAUUGUGUGUGCAUUGUAUUUUUUACUUUUGAUAAUUUUUGGCAUUUUGCUUUCCAUUGUCAGCUUAGCAGAGAUAAAAUGAGAGUGUUUUAACUUCAAUGCACCAUUUUACUGAGUGCUAAGGAAGCAUAUCAAUUCCACUAUUUUAUAAUCAAAGCUCUAUCAGAACAUAUUUAUAAAACUUGUUGGAGUUUUUAUGGCUUUUGUGUAGUCAUGGAAGUAAAUCAUUUAAAAUGUAAAACAAUCUCAAUUUAGAUCAAGGGUGAUUUCUUAGAUCAAAUUUAUGCCAAUUCUAUGAAAAUAUUUUGUUACCUCCCAAAGAGGAGUCUUUCAGUGCUGAAUUUUUAGACAGUAAAUGAGUUGUUAACUUAGCUGUUUCCCUACUUGUUAGCCAUCUUAUUUCUUUAAAAUCUGAGUCUUGAUUGGCUUAAUGAUUUUUCAGCAGACAUAUCUCCACAA